GCUCUGAACGGGACGGUGCCCAGCCAGCUCCCGGGGCUCCCAAGUGUCUCCUAGGGCAGAGACUACAGCUCCGUACUCCCCUGUGCAAGCCUGGCUUGGGCUCCAGACCUCUGGGUACACAUUGCCAGCAGCCCCGGUGACGCUGAGCACUGGAGCGGUCAUGGCGUGACCCCGCUCCCAGAGGGGACGCCAGCAGCAGCUCCGUGCUAGGCCAUGUUAACAGGCAGGGGAAAACAAAUGAUCAACUUCCAUCCACCCCGGUCCUUGGCUGACUGCUCAGCUGCUAUCAGCGAGAUGGGCCCCCCUCCAUCUGGGCCAUGGCCCCACAGGCCAGGGGACUGGUAGGGGCUGCAGUGCAGGGGACGGGCAUGGACGGAGAGCCCAGGAGGGAGGUGGCAGCCCACCUGUGAACAUUGGCACGGGGCUGCCAGCGGCUCAGAAACCCCUUCCCCCCCAUGCCAGCAUGCAGAGCCCUGGGGCAGAGCUGCAGGGGGCCAGGCCCACAGGGCGAGCACCUGCACCGCCGCAGGGGAGUGUGUCCCGGACCUCGAUACAUGCUGAAAAGCCUCCACUUCCAAUCACGCCAGCAAGGGCCAGGCAGUGCCCGGGCCCAGCUCAAGGGAGGCAGAGCAGCCCGGAGCCCACCCCACAGGAGCCAGCCAGCAUGGGCAUGGCCCAGGGCCGGGCCGCAGCCCACAGGAGCUCUCAGCCCCUGGGCCAGCGAGGCCCUGCAGGAAUCUCACCUAGACAGCCAGGACCCGCGGGCUGGGCCUGGGGCAGAGGCUGGGGGCAGGUCUGCUGGAUGGCCCGUGGACUCCCAGCCCGGCAGAGCCGCAGUUCGUGCCCCAGGAAGCGGGUGACUCCUGCUGGCUCACGAGGCACUGCCCCAAGUCAGCCUCAGCCAGACCCUGGCCUGGCCCAGUGGGGGAAAUAACCCACAGCAGGGGGCCAGCGAGGCCUGUUCCCCGGGCUCAAGGAUGUCUGGUCGCCUUUAAUUACCAGCUCCCACAUGCCCUGUGACCCGGCUUUAGACUUUGCCAGCCACCUGCAGCCACCUCUGGGGUGGGACAUGGCAGCCACUGAACAGCAUGCAGCAACACCACCCACCUGACCCUGGGCCCCCCUCCUCCUCCAGACAGUCCCCCCCCCAGCACAGGGCAAACUCAUGGUGAACGGAGACAUACUCCACAAGGGAGCACGGGUGCCAGGCUGAUACGUUACCAUACAAACCGACUGCUCACAGGGGCUCCGAUCAUGUGAUCUACAGCACUCCUGCCAUUCCAGACCCGGACCGCCCCAUUACCCCUGUUCUGCCGGUAGCAGCCCACUAGCUGUCAGCCUGAGAGCCCCCGACUUUCUCCCUGGGCUCCAAACCAGGCUUUGAACUCUGUCCCAGCGACUCACGGGGCCGCCCACCCCCGCCCAGCCCUUGCCCUGCUCUGGCCUGCCCUGGGGGCGCUCAGCAUCGGCUGCCUCCCAAGGCAGCAGGGCGCAUGGCGGGCGAGACGGACUCCCAGUAAUUUAUCUGACUCUAUAAAGGACGAGCCAUUAAGGAAAUAAGCAUAUAAACGAUUCCCCAUCUAGCCAGGGUCGGAGCUAAUGGAGCUAUCGAUCGUGUGAGACAGGAGCCCGGCAGAACGGCCCCUUCCUGACUCCCAGAUCCUUUGGCCUCGCCCCUGGGGCCCUGCCCGUUCUCCAUGCAGGGGCUGGGCUGUCCCGUGGGCUGGCAGUGCUCAGGGAUCCGGGAGAGACAGACCCAGUCUCUUGUGGGGCAGCAGCAGCCGCGGUUCAGAGGGGAGAUUCCCACCUGCUGGGGGCAGGAAUCGGCACUGCCCAGCCGCCGGGAAGGGCAGGAAUCGCCCCCGUGGCGUUUAGUGAUGGGAGGGAUCCAGGCCAGGCUCCCUACUUGGCCACGGGACGACCUGCUGCAGUGCCAACCACCCCCCAGCUCUGCCAGUGCCCCUCAGCCCCCUGCUACUCCAGCCCCGGCUCCCCCAGCUAACAGCUGAGCCCUGCAGGUUCCCCCCUCACUUGCUUAGGCAGCGCCUGGUGGAUGCCGUGUGGCACCGUCCCAGCCCGGCCCCUUGGCCCCUAACCUUUGUUAUUUAACCACAUCCGACCGCCGGGGCGGCAGCCUGCACCAAACCCCGCGAUACUGGAACAUGGACAGCGCUCCCUCUGCAGUCAGCGUCCCUGGCAGCGUGGCCCAGUGGGUAGGACCCGGACCCUGGAUUCCCUGCCCUGCCCCCCACCUGCUGGCGGCCCCCGGGCAAGUCACCGCCCCUGCCGGAAGGGGCUGGGAAUGGAGGGGGCUUGUGGCACACCCCACGCGGGGCCGGGACGUGGGCAGCGACUGCCCGGUGCCUUAACGCUCCGCUCCCCGGCCCAUCUCCGCAGGCAGACGGGGCUGCUGGUUCUGGGGGCCAACACCGACCCCGAGUUCCAGCGCUGCUGCCGGACCUUGGCACAGCACGACAUCCCCGGCGAGCUGUUCACCACGGAGUUGCUGCACGGGCGCUUCCCCGGCAUCCGGCCCUACUGCGGGGAGGUGGGCGUGUCCGACCGCACUGCAGGGGUCCUCUCCGCGGACAGGGCGCUCCGGGCUGUGCAGGACGGGGUCCGGCGGUGCGGGGGAGCCCUGCGCGAUGGGGAGAAGGUGACUGACAUCAAGCCGGGGGUCGUGGUUACCGUGACAACCAGCGGAGGGGUGUACCAAGCCAAGAGUCUGGUGAUUACAGCCGGCCCCUGGGCCAAUAAGCUCCUGGCCCCGCUGGGACUGCAGCUGCCUCUCCAG